CGGCGCGCGGCGACGGCGGCGGCGGCGGCGGCCGUGCCGGGCCCGAGGGCGCCUGCGCGCUGAGGCGGGACGCGGCCCGGCUGGGGCUCCGGCGGCGCCUGGGCGGGGCGGCGCGGCGGCGGCGGGCGGCCGUUGCUGGAGCGCGGCGGCGGCGGCGGCGCGGCGGCGGCCCGGUUGGCGCCCAGGCGGCGGGCGCGGCGGCGGCGGCGGCGGCGGCGGGCGGCGGGCGGGGGAAGAUGGCGGAGCUCGGUAAGAAGUACUGCGUGUACUGCCUGGCCGAGGUGAGCCCGCUGCGCUUCCGCUGCACCGAGUGCCAGGACAUCGAGCUGUGCCCCGAGUGCUUCUCGGCCGGCGCCGAGAUCGGCCACCACCGCCGCUACCACGGCUACCAGCUGGUGGACGGCGGGCGCUUCACGCCGUGGGGGCCCGAGGCCGAGGGCGGCUGGACCAGCCGCGAGGAGCAGCUGCUGCUGGAUGCCAUCGAGCAGUUCGGCUUCGGGAACUGGGAAGACAUGGCUGCUCACGUAGGCGCUUCCCGGACUCCCCAGGAAGUGAUGGAGCAUUACGUAAGCAUGUACAUCCACGGCAACCUGGGGAAGGCCUGCAUCCCCGACACCAUCCCCAACCGGGUGACCGACCACACCUGCCCCAGUGGAGGCCCCCUCUCUCCCAGCCUCACCACCCCCUUGCCUCCCUUAGACAUCUCGGUGGCCGAGCAGCAGCAGCUGGGCUACAUGCCGCUGCGUGACGACUACGAGGUCGAGUACGACCAGGACGCCGAGGCGCUCGUCAGCGGGCUCUCGGUCAACUACGACGACGAGGACGUGGAGAUCGAGCUCAAGCGCGCGCACGUGGACAUGUACGUGCGGAAGCUCCGGGAGAGGCAGCGGCGCAAGGACAUCGCACGCGACUACAGCCUGGUGCCCGCCUUCCUGGGCAAGGACAAGAGGGAGCGCGAGAAGGCGGCCAAGCGCAAGAUCACCAAGGAGGAGCGCGAGCUGCGGCUGAAGCUGCGGCCGCUCUACCAGUUCAUGUCCUGCAAGGAGUUCGACGACCUGUUCGAGAACAUGCACAAGGAGAAGAUGCUGCGCGCCAAGAUCCGGGAGCUGCAGCGCUACCGGCGCAACGGCAUCACCAAGAUGGAGGAGUCGGCCGAGUACGAGGCGGCGCGGCACAAGCGGGAGAAGCGCAAGGAGAACCGGAACUCGGCGGGCGCCAAGCGCGGGCGGGAGGACGCCAAGGACGGCGAGUUCGCCGCCAUCGAGAACCUGCCGGGCUUCGAGCUGCUGUCGGACCGCGAGAAGGCGCUCUGCAGCUCCCUGAACCUGAGCCCGGCGCGCUACGUGACCGCCAAGACCAUCAUCAUCAAAGACCACCUCCAGAAGCGCCAGGGCAUCCCCUCCAAGAGCCGCCUGCCCAGCUACUUGGACAAGGUCCUCAAGAAACGGAUCCUGACCUUCCUCACGGAGAGCGGGUGGAUAGCCAGGGACGCCUCCUGAGGCCGGCGGAGCGGAGCGCCUGUGAGCCAGAUGACUGGGGCAGGGGGAGGGGACAGCUCCGCUUUUUCCCGUUGUUUUUCAGCAAAUUGAGUUCCUUUGUUUAGGGUGUAAGUUCUCGUGGUCCUCUGGAGGAAGCAAGAGUAACCAUCCGAGACCAGGCAGGAGGGACUGAUCAGGCACAGUGAACCUUGGUCCUAGAGCAGCGCGUUCCGAGGGCGGGGACGCGCCUGAGUGCUCAGUGAGGAGGAUGUGAUGGUGGGAGCGUCCGGGGAGCCCCUUCCCUGGGCUCACCUGUGCUGGCCGCCGGCUGCCAGGCCUGCCUGGUGACAUGGCUGCAGCAUGGGGCACUUUAGAUGGCGCCGGGCAGGUGGGCAGUAAGGCCAGCGGGCAGGGUCAGGCUUCCUUGGACCGUGAGAAGAGGCUGGUAGUGAACAGACCAAAUGAGCUUCCCCUUAGCUGUGGCAGUGGCAAUGGCAGGGUGUGGGUUUGCAGUUCCCAGGCCCGAAACAGCCCCUUUUGCACCUCUGGGCAGCGCCCCCUAGUGUGGAGAGUGGCUGUGGGGAGCAUGGCAGCCAAGACCAAUGCGAUGGCCAGGACUGACCCUUCCUGGGGGCAGCUGCUGGCUGCCCUUUGGACUUGCGUGCAUUUUACUUGCAAAACCUUGUUUUAGGGAGUUCAUGGCUGUUGUGUCCUGGUGUUAGUGUCCUCCAAGGUGUUCGUCACAGCUGCAAGUACCUUUUCACUGAAACCCUGACCAGACCAGCCUGGCUAACAUCUAACCUUCAGGUGGCCUUGCGCCCUGGAGACCAGCCAGGCGCCAUGGGCCGGCCCCUGUGGCCGUGGGUCCCAAGGCCCUUGUGUUGCUGCUGAGUCACUCUCUGAACCAGACUCCCCAUGCUCUGCCAGCGCCUCACAGGCUUUCUCAGGGCCUCUGACAUGGUACCUCCCUCCGGCACUUGGUGGCCAUUUGUCUUCCAGGCUGCUCAGGGUUCUCAGGUCCAAGACCCUGCUUAGGGUCAGUGGUGACUGCAGUGAUGGAGCCAUGACCUCAGAAUGUGUGGGCUUGACGUUACAUUACAGGGAAGUUUGAAAAAGUCCCUUAUCAUUUCCAAGGAUGACCUAAUUAUGGUGCCUUUCCCUUUCUUACAUCUCCUGUCCCCUAGGGUCAGCUCAGCAUUAACCGAACAGCUCAGUGUGUGUGUGGGCAGAGGCUCCUCGCUCUAAGCCAGGACUGCUGCUGACAAGUGUGAGCGGUGGAGAUAAGGGUGAGGGUCACCUCCUCUGCCCUGCUCGUAACUGCCCUCCGUGGAGCUGGUGUUGCCGCCACUGGCAUGGAGGGAGGCAGUGCUUCCUCACAGCCUCUCAGCCGGAGGCCCUUGCCCAGGGUUCCUGGACCCAGCAGCACCAGCCCCCAGGCCCGGGCCCCUGGAGGCCUUUGGCCCAGCCUCCAGGUGGCCUGGCUGUAGCUGAGCUGGUGUCACGCAUGGGUUCCUGUCACAUGCCUCGUAUGUAGUCCUGUUUUCCUAUAAGGGCUGCCGGCUUCAGUAACUGGGAGGCAGGCGCCCAAUAAAUAGCUGUGGCCGGUGGACAGCUGCCAAGUGAACACGUGGUGCUGGAGGUUUGAGGGUGCCUCUCUUGAUGGCGUGAAGAACUUAUUUAGGCUUGGCUGUUUUAAACACCAUGAUGAAUGUAUAAUUUAUGUUAAAGUGUUACCUUGGUUACCAGGGGAAAGGGACUUUCGGAUUGGUUGCCUUUAUCCCAUCCACUCCCUCCCGUUGCCAGUCUUUACCCCUGCUGUGAGCGCAGAGCCUUUACAUGUCUAUUUAAUUUCCUAAGUUAGUGACCACAAUCCCAAGAAUUAGGUCUUCAAAAUUUAAACUCCAACCUUUGAGUCCAGUUCUGUACUCGGCUAUUCGGAAUCCUCUGGAUGCAGCGUUCCAAGAAUGCGUUAAAGCCGACCUGACCGUUUCUACUGCCCUUUACUUAUUAAACAAGUUGAGAACAAA